UGCAGCCCCAACAAAACUGACAAUGUUUACAGCGCUAGGUAUGUAAAGACUGUCUACCGUUCCGUUGGCCUUCUACCUUCAAUAGGCCAUUGUCGUGUUUCUCCAAGCAGCGCUUGAUUGCUUAGUCACAACGCCUUGGUGCAUGUACGAUCGUGUUAACCCAGUCCUUACGGGCACAGCAUGAGCCUAUGCGUGUCUGAUUGUGCGUGUGGACAAUCAGUGCUUUACGUGGUGUUACUCACAUUCUGCGUACACGUAAUUGAGAUCGACUUCACCUGACUCCCAUUUAUGACCGAAUGUACGCGAGUCAAAUUGACCCUUAGAGUGGCUUGCUGAGAUCGAUGAUGGUCAGUGCAAGCUGAAAUGAAAGCAAAAUUGUUGAAGGUGGCAACGUCAGCAAUAAUGAUGCUACUACCGUGGUUCUUGCGACAAAACAGCUGGCAUGAGUCGAACCAAUUUAUUUCGCAGUAACAAUUAUUCGUGAUUAUUAAAACGAUAUUAAGAUGAAGUGGUUAAGAGUUACGGUGGUUCUGCUGAUGUUACUCGCAUCAGUAGUACCCGUACGAAAUGCUCAUCAAGAACGGAAACAUGUAUGGCACUGGAUAGAGGCAGACCUAUCGACCAAAACAAAGACGAGUCGAGCAAUCGAGUCCUUGGGUGGGCCGACCACCGAAACAUCGCAGUCUUUCACUACGACCCCAAUUCCCACUGAGGAGAGAGGUGUGACCCGCCACCACUGGGGGCAACCUUGUACGACGGCCUGUAACUUGACGCUUGGCGAGAUUUGUGACCAGUCGCUCAGAAUAUGUGCCUGUCCUACAUACACUUUUCGAUCCCGCAAAACAGGACACUGUAAAGCCCAGAUUGCAGUGUAUAUACAACUCAAUUCGGCGGAUUUCGUGGCCCCGUUCAAUGAUAUCCUGGAGAGGUCCGAGAACAUCGUAGAAGUAUCACCACAUGUUCUAUUUGAAAAUCAGAAUGGAAAAGCAAGCACUACAAUCUUUGUUGAUGCCGCUGAAUUCAGUAACUCCUGGGCGGAUGACGAAAGAAACCUGCAAAGCUUACUAGAUAGCUCAGAGUAUAAGAACAUCCUGAAUCUCACAGUGGCCCGCAAUCCUUGUGACUCACCGAAAACUCGGCCCUGCAGCUCAAAUGCACUCUGCAUUACCAACCGAUAUAGGUACCAGGUGGAAUGCUUAUGUCGUUUUGGGUAUGAAGACUUAUCGACCGGUUCUGGCCGUAUAUGCGCCCUGUCGCACGCUCUCAAGUCCAAACCUGUGUUACUGUUUUCAUCGACACUCAUUAUUUCAGGCGCACGAUACACAGGCAAACGGCGUUGUCUCAAUGGAGGCCUGCCCUACCUCCUUCAAGACAAUUUUGGCAUAGAACAGUUACAUUGCCGCUGUAUGUUGUGGUUCGCUGGUGAAAACUGCGAACUGGAUCUCGUGAAAGUUGGUUUGACGGGCCUGACCAUCAUCUGGUUUGUUGUCCUUGCCGUUUGGUCUCAUCUUCUGCGUUUCAGGACCUUAUUUCAUGGGUCUCUUCACAGUAGUUCAAGCGAAGUAAGUAUCAGCAUAAUAUCGGAAAUUAGCGGGUCACCACAAGCGUCGUAAAAUCAUAAAGUCAUUGAAGCAUGAACGUAAACAAAGCUAUUGCUAUUAUUAUUCUGUUACAUAUCUACAUUGCUAACAUAUACAGAAACACAUGUAUUUAUCAACAAUAACAAGUUAAAUAGUGAGCAAAGACGUUUACUCUAAGGCUAUACUUUUGAUUUUGUUGUAAAGCAAGUAGAACUUUGCUGUUUGAUCGUAUGGAAACUAAGAUUAUUCUCUUUAUAGUGGUUUCCUAGAAAAAAUUUAUAUUGAGCAUCUGUUUCCAAAUGUCAAUGUUUAUAUGGCUUAAGGGUAUUGCGAUGAGUCAAUAGUUGUUCUACCUCCUCUAAAAUGUCCUUUUGUGACGUCGGUAUGACGUCGAAAAAAACAAACUUGUUACAAUUUGUUAUUGCUUAUGAGAAAUGUGAUUCCAAAAACAACCCGUAGCUAUUUGCCAUGUGUUCUUUAACUUUUCUGUCAACAUCUGUUUUCGACAUAAGAGGAUCUAUUAACUGCAGCAACCGUUUACGGAAGUCAUGAUCCAUUAACAUACUACGUAGCAUAAAUUAAACUUUGUAACUUGCCGAUGAUUUUCCGCCAUAUUGUAACACGGAAGUUCAUCCCCCCCCCCCAAUACAAAAUUUGUAGCUGACAGCGACCUUUGUGUGUCAUUAGAAAUGUAUCCGCAACACUGGUAACCAGA